AACAACUCUUCUCCUCAAUUUCCUCUUCAUCUUCUUCUUCCUCUGUUUUUUUUUUUGGCUUUCAAUUUUCAAUUUUUGAUAUUUCUCUGAACUUUUAGUAACAAUGGUGACUGAAGGUACAGAGAAACCCACCAUUAUUUUCACCUAUGGAACACUCAAAAGAGGAUUUUCAAAUCACGUUCUCUUACAAGACAUGAUAGCCGCCGGCGAUGCUUCUUUCCUCGGCGUUUACCAAACCGUCGAUCGUCUCCCUCUCGUCUGUGGUCCUUACCGUGUUCCCUUCCUCCUCAAUUUUCCCGGCUCCGGCGAGCACGUCCGCGGCGAGCUUUACGCCGUUUCCGCUCGCGGAUUGAUCCGUAUGGAUGAAUUAGAAGGAAUUACCCGGGCCCAUUACGAGAGGCUUCCAAUCAAAAUCCGGGCCGAUGAAGAUGAAGAAUCAGAAUCGGGGAAGACAAUGGAGGUGGAAGCGUAUUAUGCACACAGAAACUACGCGGAGGCGCUGUGGAAGAGAAACGGGGAGAAGGGUUUCAGAUGUUAUACAGAGAAAGAGGCAAAAGGGUAUGUGAAGCGUAAAGAUAGGCCACAACAUUUAACAUUUUUGGAGCAAAUUGGGAUUUUCAUUUCUUCUAACCCUAAUUCUUGUUGUUGCAACAAAAAUCUUCCUGUUCCUUCAGCUCUUCCAGUCAAUGUUGUUAACCAUUGAAAAUUUGGGUUUGAUUUUUGAAGUUUAUAAUUAAUUAGGAAGAAGUUAUGAUGAUUAAUUAAGGGUUAAAUGAUCUGCUGCUGAAAAUAAGUUUGUUAUUAUUAGAUCAUAGAUGUUGAUGCUGAAUGUUUGACAGAUUGUUUUUCUGUCUUUCUGCAAAAUUGCAAAAGCAAAUGAUUUGAUCUGAUUUGUAAUUAUUGACUUCAUUUGCUGCAUAUGAAACUACAAUUUUUAUGUUUA